AUGUCUCGAGUCGCUGUCACGGGAAUUGGCCUUGUCACGCCAUUAGGCAUCGGCACGAGGUCCUCCUGGGCCAACCUCAUCAAGGGAAAGUCAGGGCUCGUAUCUACCAAACUGCUUCCAGACUACGAAUCAGCAGGCUGGGAUAAAGUGCCUUCCAAGGUCAUUGGAAAGAUCCAGAACUGGGAUCCAGAGAGAUGUGCUGAUAAAGAUGCCAGAAGAUGGGCUCUUUUCACGCAGUAUGGCAUUGCUGCUACGAAAGAGGCGCUAGAAGAUUCAAAGUUGGAUUUGGAAGGCGUGGAUAAGAAUAAGGUUGGUGUAGCUGUGGGAUCUGGUAUAGGCUCUUUUGAAGAUGCUUAUGCCAACUCGGUGGCUUUCCAUGAGAAGGGGUACAAAAGAGUCCAGCCGUUGUUUAUUCCCAAGCUUUUGAAUAACAUGGCGGCGGGCAAUAUCUCCAUCAAGUAUGGUCUUAAGGGCCCUCUACAUUCUGUGUCUACCGCUUGUGCUACUGGCUUGAAUGCUAUUGGUGAUGCUUAUAAUUUUAUUCAUAACGGUUACGCCGAUGUGAUGGUUUGUGGAGGUACAGAAGCUUCUAUUCAUCCGUUGGCGUUGGCUGGUUUUGCCAGAGCUCGUUCUGUGGUUACCGAAUUCGAAGAUGAGCCUUGGAAAGCGUCAAGACCGUUUGAUGCGGACAGAAAGGGAUUCGUGCUUAGUGAAGGGUGUGGUAUUUUGGUCUUGGAAAACUUGGACGCUGCUAAGAAGAGAGGUGCUAGGAUUUAUGCUGAAGUAACAGGAUACGGCUUGUCUGGAGAUGCUAACCAUAUCACAGCACCUUUGGAAACAGGAGAUGGAGCCUAUUCGGCUAUGAAGAUGGCGCUAGAAAGGGCAAAGGUAGCGCCUACGGAUGUGGACUAUGUCAAUGCCCAUGCUACAUCAACUGUCAUUGGAGACAGAGCAGAAAAUCACGCAAUACUGACUUUAUUUGAUAAAAACUCUAACCUUGCCGUGUCUUCAACAAAAUCGUCCAUCGGCCAUUUACUCGGAGCCGCUGGUGCGGUCGAGGCGGCCUUCACGUUGAAGGCUAUCGAAACGGGGCUCUUGCCGCCCACUCUUAAUUUACAAAAUGUUGGUCGCCACAAGGACGACGACCCGACACAGUUCGAAAAGUUCGACUAUGUUGCCAACGAGACCAAGGAGAAGCAUGUACGCCAUGGCUUGUGUAACUCGUUCGGGUUUGGAGGCGUCAACUGUUCCAUUCUUUUCAGUGGGUUAUAA